ACACACACACACACACACACACACGGCACGCGCAUGCAGCUUUACAGGCGCGAUACCGCCGCCGUGCAGUCUGUUCCGUCGUGCGCGCGAGAGCGACUUCAACCUGAAGUUUCACGCGUCGGCCGCAAACAUAAAAAUAGAAAAAAUUCAUGAAACAUGGGACGGUGCGGACUUUAAACUGAGCGGAUUAGCACGCGAGCGAGCAAACCGGAAGCUGAAGGACCGCAAUCACGGAGACUCGAUUUCGUUAGUUUAUUUAUUAUUAUUGUUGGUAUUAUUCACGGGACAGAAUGAAGUUUGCGGAGCACCUUUCAGCUCACAUCACCCCGGAAUGGAGGAAACAGUACAUCCAGUACGAGGCCUUCAAAGAGAUGCUGUACGCAGCGCAGGAUCAGGCUCCAUCUAUAGAAGUGACAGAUGAGGACACAGUUAAGAGGUACUACGCAAAAUUUGAGGAGAAGUUCUUUCAGACAUGCGAGAAGGAACUGUCCAAGAUCAACACCUUUUACUCAGAGAAACUAGCAGAAGCUCAGCGGCGUUUUUCCACACUGCAGAACGAGCUACAGUCGUCUUUGGAUGCUCAGCGAGAGGGCAUCAUGGGAAAGAGCAGGAAGACGGGUCUGGCACUGACCAACGAGGAGAGAAACAAACACCACAACAUCAAAGACCUGAAAUUGGCCUUUAGCGAGUUCUACCUCAGCCUCAUCCUCUUGCAGAACUACCAGAACCUGAACUUCACUGGGUUCCGUAAGAUCCUAAAGAAACAUGAUAAGAUCCUGGAGACACAGCGUGGAGCAGACUGGCGUGUUUCACAUGUGGAGAUCGCACCCUUUUACACAUGCAAAAAGAUUACACAGCUCAUCUCUGAGACAGAGACCCUGGUGACGACAGAGCUGGAGGGUGGAGACCGACAGAAAGCCAUGAAAAGACUGAGGGUCCCACCACUGGGGGCAGCUCAGCCUGCUCCUGCAUGGACUACCUUCAGAGUCGGAUUGUACUGCGGAAUCUUCAUCGUCCUAACGGUCACCUUCAUCCUCAGUGGUGCGUUCUAUUUCAACGAUAAGAACAUAUGGCCAAUGGUGCGGAUGUACCGCGGAGGCUUCCUGCUCAUCCAGUUUCUCUUCCUGUUGGGCAUUAACACGUACGGCUGGAGACAGGCUGGAGUCAAUCAUGUGCUCAUAUUCGAACUGAACCCACGCAACAACCUGUCUCAUCAACACCUGUUUGAGAUUGCAGGCUUCCUGGGUGUGUUAUGGUGUGUUAGUAUCUUGUUGUGUCUCUAUGCGGACACCACCGGACUCCCGAUGCAGGCGAAUCCUCUUAUCCUGUACGGCAUCAUGUUCCUUUUUCUCAUAAACCCAUUUAAAACAGCCUACUACAAGUCCCGCUUCUGGCUCCUCAAAUUGCUGUUUCGCGUGUUCACUGCUCCAUUCCACCGCGUGGAGUUUGCUGAUUUCUGGCUGGCUGAUCAACUGAACUCUCUGGUGGUCAUGCUGAUGGAUCUGGAGUAUCUGGUGUGUUUUUACAGUGUGGAGCUGCAGUGGGCACACGUGGACGGUCUGCUGCCUGAUUAUUCAGAUGACAAGAAAUGCAACAAUUACUCGUACGGACUGCGUGCCAUUAUCCAGUGUCUCCCAGCCUGGUUCCGAUUUGUCCAGUGUCUCCGCCGUUACCGUGACACCAAACGGGCGUUCCCUCACCUGGUGAAUGCUGGGAAAUAUUCCACCACCUUCUUUGUGGUGGCAUUUGCCGCCCUGUACAGCACACACAAAGACCAGAACGAUGCUGAUGCCGAGGCGUUCCUCUACCUUCUUGUUCUCUUCUCCACUAUCAGCUCCCUCUACACACUGAUCUGGGAUCUGAAGAUGGACUGGGGUCUGUUUGACCGCAAUGCUGGGGAACACACCUUCCUCCGGGAGGAAAUUGUCUAUCCACAUAAGGCAUAUUAUUACUGUGCCAUUAUAGAGGAUGUGAUCCUGCGUUUUUCCUGGACUCUUCAGAUCGCUCUAACCAACAUCACAAACGUCUCCUCCGCUGAUGUUGUGGCCACUGUUCUCGCCCCACUGGAGGUGUUCAGGCGUUUUGUGUGGAACUUUUUCCGUCUGGAGAACGAGCACCUGAAUAACUGUGGUGAGUUCCGAGCGGUGAGGGACAUCUCUGUGGCUCCUCUGAACGCCGACGACCAGACACUGCUCGAGCAGAUGAUGGACCACGAGGACGGAGUCAAACACCGGCAGGGGAAGAAGACCUGGAGGCGGAGCUACAGCCUCACACUGCGCCGCCCACUCCUGCACUCCCAGUCCAAGAAGGACACCAAGGUGCUUAUAGAUGACACGGAUGAUGAAGCCUUCAGCUGAACAACUUGAAGACGUUCCACGUCUAAAGAGCACCACACACACACACACACACACACCAAUAGAGAGCAGGCUCGGCCUCACAAACACAUAACAGUAAUGGAGCACAAUAUAAUCAAGACCUUUCAGUACAAAGCACUAUCAGGACACACACAUAGACAUACACACACACACACACACACACACAUGCACAAACACAGGGUACUGUUAUUUUUAUUUUGUUGUUAGUUUUUAUAUUAGUUUAGAUUCUUUUUUAAGAAUUGAUCAAUCAUGUGACUGUUUACAAACUUUAAUAAUAAUUACUACAUACAUACAGGAAGUGACAUCAUUAAAGUGGAGAACUGAAAUUCAGCAACAAACAAUAAUGUGUGCACUUCAGCUCUGAACUACACACAUACACACACACAAACGCAUGCACUCUUACUUUAAAACUGACAGCAAGUUGUAUUUCUCUUUGUGCUUUUUCUACUUGCUUUUUCACAGAGCACUUGCAGGGAAAGUGCGCAUCAAUGCCAUGUUCACUUCGCAGGGCCGCCUCACUUCCUGUUCUACCUUAUUUAACUUUUUUCUUUUUCUUUGUCUUUAAUAUCUGUCUAUUGUUCAUGCUCUUAAAAAAAGUAAACUACUGAUGGUUUUUAAACUUUGGAGUUUCUUCGCAAAGUAUAGCAAGUGACCUAUAAUAUAGAAAUGGUUGCAUCCUAAAUCGCACACUACUUGCACACUACUGAGGCUAGAACAUAUAUUCGCUCGUCCUUUCUCCAUAUUUUGAACCGAAAUGGACUUCAAUAGGUUUUUAUAUCAUGAAUCUACAAAAAUAUAUACCAUGUAGUAUGUGCCAUAAUAGGAGAAAAUCAGAUGCUUCCACCACCGUGCUUCACCUGCGGAUGAUUAAUAGUGCGCUUGUAGGGUACUUAGAAUCAUGUGAUUUGAAAGCACACCAACAGAGCAGGUGUUAAAAGCUUUACUGCAAUAAGUCAGUGUAAAUUCUUUAAAGGGCGGCGUUAUAAUGAUGCUCAGUCUUUCUGAUGUGAGAUAGAAUGUUCGUUCCAUGUGUCAAGGGGGUGGAGUAUUUUUGUGCGAUACGAUGUUGAGUAAUUGUGGGCAGAGGCUUUUUUAGACAGUGUGAUUUAUUUUAAAGGGGUGGACCUUCAGUUUUGUGCUGGGCGGAGCCUUUCUUUAAUAUGUGAUCUAUAAGGAUGAAAUCUUUCAGAUGUUAAGGAGGUGAAUCUCUUUGGAUCAGCUCUAUGAUCAGGGUUGGCAGAGUCUUCUUGUCAUAUGAUGUGAUCUAUGAGGGUUAUGAAAAGCGUCAAGUCAGAGCUUUUUAAGGAGGUGCUAAGUCAUUGUGAUCGAAGCCUCACUGUCGAAGGCUGCAGAAAUGGAGACUUCUUUAUAACCUUUGGAGGCUAUACUUUGGAGAAUAUACUUAAAAUUAAAAGUUAAAGUCUACAAUGUACAUGUCUAGUGCUUGAACCACCACCGAACAAAACCGUCAGUGUUCACAGUUUUACAUACUAAUUUGUGGUUUGGGACGAGGCCACUAAUUAUCGUCGUGUUAUUUGGAAUGAUUUAUUUUAUUAAUUCCAUCAACUACAAAGCGCAAAAUGCAAAAAGAAGUUUAUGAGGUUAUGAUAAGUUGUAAUUUCUUUUUCAACCCACACACACACACACACACACACGAUGAAGAACCACAGCGAUGUCUGGAUGGAGAACACAAGUGUGUGGACACUGUUUUGAGACUCGCUGUUUUUCACACACACAUACACACACACACUCACACACAUACACACAAACAGUUUAAUUUAUCUUUUUACUUAUCCGACUGUUAGCUCUCAUGCUAUUGUUGUGAAGUUUUUUGUUAAAUUUUGUUAAAUUAAGUGCAGCUUUGGAGUUUGCGAGCACAAUCUUUCUUCUAUCUAUCUAUCUAUCUAUCUAUCUAUCUAUCUAUCUAUCUAUCUAUCUAUCUAUCUAUCUAUCUAUCAUCUAUCUUAUUUAUUUGUCUAUAUGUCUUUCUAUCUUUUUUCUCCUUGUUUCCCUCUAUCAUUCCUUCUUUCUAUAUACAGUAUGUUUUAGUGUUUGGUCACUAAAAGUGAUGUCACCCACAAGAGUCACUUUUUUUUUUUAUAGAUCUAAGCAAUUCAGGUUUUUUUGCAGUAUAAUAUAUUGAUGUUGAUCUAUUAUAAUUAUUGCUAUUUAAAUGAAAAAAGCCCUUGUUAGUCACAAUAUCACAAACAAACCCAUCUAUGAGCCAUUUAAGAGCUGAAUAAGAGUUGACACUUAUUGGUUUCGACUCGCUUUGUGUCAUUAAAAUUUUUCUUUCUUCCCCCCACCUCUUUGUGUUUGUGUGCACAAAUAAUGUUGAACCCUUCGAAGCAGUCUGCGGGGGAAAAAAAGACAUGGGAAAAAAUAGACGUUUAUCACUCUUUUAAAAGAAUGCGUGUGCUAUUUUUCUUCACAAAGUUUUUUUACAGUGAUUUAGAGGAUCUACUGACACCGACCACCAAAGAGCUUCUCAGUUGCUACACACACACACACGCACACACGCACAUGCUAAUUCUGUUGUCGCUGUGCUUGUGGUCGUCUUGCCUGCAUGCUAUUUCGAUGUUUCCUUGUAAAUAGAUUUUACUUAUUUUCUAUAGGAAUGAUGGGUAAUUUAUUGUCUCAUUAUUUAUGGAUAGAGCAGUAUUAUAAUUAGUGACGGGACUCUCGUGUGUGACGCUGUCUUGUGACUGUGGAAACGUUGACUCCUUCCAUUCCACGUGCCAAUUCGUUACUUAGGUUUUUGCCGAAGGAGAGCGAUCCCUGAAUCAAUAAAGAAAUUAAUUUGAUUUGAUUCACAGAAUUCGAUCCCAAUUAAAUUUUUUAAUCUGAUAAAUUUCAAGCUUCUUUAAUGUUAGCUAGCUAGCAAACAUGGUUGUUGUUUUUUCCCAUGUGUUAAAAUGGAACUUGUGAAUUUGUGCAUUUGAUGUUGGGAAAUCUCACACACACACAUACACGCAAACACACAAUGUGUUUUACAGUUUUAUUAGUCAUUAAUCGAAACUAGUAUCCUAAUAGGAAAUACAGCUUGUAGGGAUAAACUAGCUUACAAUAAAGGCUAACUUUAAUAUCUGUAACUAGUACCAAACAACAGAAAAAGAUACUACGGUUAACCAUGGAAAUGAAACACAACCAUCAAGAAUUUAACAAUUACCUUCAGAUGAUUCAAUAAAUUAUGCCAUUUUUAAACUAGCAUGACUACAUUAUAUAACAGUUCAUGAUAUAACUUAAUGCUAGCUAGCUAGCGAAGCCUUGUUUUAACUUUUUUAAUUUGACUAACCAACUCUAGUUACAGCUAGAGGCAUUAAAUAAUGUUACAUUUGAACACUGUAUCGCAACGCAAAUAUGUAAAUAUCGGCACAUGUCUUUGUAGAUUCAUGUUUUGGUCACAUGGUGAAGGAAACUGUGAUGAAUAUUCGUGAGUGACCAGCAUCUUGCUCACUUUGUGUCGCUAACCUCCGAACGCGAGAAUCAUUUUUGUACAUUGCAUUUUUAUACAUCUACAAGCUCUGACAUCGUGUCGUGUUAUCACGGGGACGGGAACCAGGGGAGGGGGGUUGAUGGUUAUCGAUCUGUUUCGGGUUCUGUGCACGCUGAACCCACGAUGUUCUGUGCUUGUUGAUAUUUCUGCAUCUUUUCUAUCUCGAUGUCGUGUCCGGUUCUUACUUUGCCGACUGUGGCGAUGAUGUUCGUUAGCUAAUUGAUGGAUAAUAUUAAUAAUAGAUAGAUAAAUAAAGCGUUGUGUGUUCGACGAAGAAGAAAAACGAAAAUCGUUUGUAAAUGUGGAGUGAACUAUGAUGCCUGUGAUAAAACAAUGCUCUUGUUUCUAUUUCUGUACAACACUUUGGUGAUGAUGUCAUAACUUGGUUUUAUAAACCAUGCCUAUUUUUAAAACCGG